AUGGUGUCCAUUGUAAGCAAUUCCUGCUCUCAGAAUCAACGAAUAAGUCUCCGACUUUGGGUCUUUAAAUUUAUUGACGUCGAAGAAACUGAAACAUUUGAAGUCUGUAUCGAAGGCUACAGACCGAGUGAUGACACGGCCACAGUUUUGCGAAAUUGGCACUCCACCGCUAUAGAGAAAAGGUUAUCCUCAACUUUGUUGGCGUCACGAAGUGGAACUAUCUACGAACUCCGAGGCAGCAUAGACCGAGAGCUUGCAUAUCAAUACGGAUAUCCUGUCGACCUUGUCACAGCCUUCGCAAAUGGAUUUCCUGAAAACUGGAAGAGCAUUCUGGAGGAAUAUUUCCAUGUUGUGAAAACAGCAAAUCCUUUAAACGCAGCUCACUACUACAGUAUGCUUGCGCGGCGUCGCUCUCACAACACUGUACGUGGGAAAAAUGUGGUCCAGAGCGAUCGUCGAGGAGAGCGGCUCUCCUCUAUUGCUCCGUCCGUUACCGCCUGCGAUGCUAUCAUUGAAGAAAGCGAACACGAAAAAACUGUGAACAGUACUGAUAAAGAUGCAGAGAUCGGUCGUUCGGAGGAGCAAAUGAGCGUGGAUGCUUCUGAUAAAUUUUCUACCACUUCAUUCAGAAAAAACGAAGAUGAAAGGAUGGAGAGGUCAACUACUCAAGCACCAAAUAAUGCGAAAGUAAGGAUUUUCUCUCAAUCGUCUUCUCAACACUCGGGAUGGUAG